AUGACACCUCGUCUGGCCUGGCUUGGCCUUGGAAACAUGGGUCGUGGAAUGGCAAAAAACCUGGCUUCAAAAGGAUCGCUCGACUCUCCGUUGAUAAUUUACAACCGAAAUACAGCUCACGCGUUCGAAUUUCAGUCAAAGAAUGCCAACACAGAGGUAGCGGUCUCUGUCCGAGAAGCAAUCUCGAAAGCCGACAUCAUCUUCACUUGCGUCGGCGAUGACGCCGCAAUCAAAGACAUCAUCAAAGCCAGCAUCUCCGCCGAAAACAUCGAGGGCAAGCUUUUUGUCGACUGCUCUACCGUUCACCCAGAUACCACCACUAUCAUUUCAGCCCAGCUACAAGACAACGGGGCACGCUUCGUCGCUAGCCCCGUCUUCGGGGCGCCUGCAAUGGCCGAAGUUGGUCAGGUUAUUUGCGUGCUGGCUGGCCCUCAGGAGGCCGUCGAGCAGGUGAAGCCCUAUACAACUGGGGUGAUCGCCAAGAGUUUCAUGGACUUCAGUAACCAGCCACCCGCCAAGGCUUCUCAGCUCAAGAUCCUUGGUAACACCUUCGUCAUCAGCAUGGUAGAGAGUAUUGCCGAGGGACUUGUGGUCGCUGAGAAAUCCGGCUUGGGUACAGACUCAUUGCACCAGUUCUUCGAAGCGGUAUUUCCCGGCCCAUAUGUUGCUUACUCAAACUGGAUGCGUUCUGGUGACUAUCACAAGCGCGACGAGCCACUUUUUGCUGUUGAUUUGUCUAGGAAGGAUGCACGUCACGCAUUGGACUUGGCGGCAAAGUCUGGUGCUACGAUGAAAGGAAUGGUGUUGGCAGAUCAGUAUAUGGCUCAGGUCAAAGAGCGAAUGGGUGCUCGGGGUGAUCUAGCAAGUAUCUAUGGCGCUGUUCGUGAAGAAUCUGGAUUGGAGUUUUACAAUGAUGUAUAG